CAAUGCCAAUUUGCAUGUACAACCGGCGGCGGGCCGGCGGCCUUCCCCAGGAUCAAACCCACAAAAAAAUCCCCUUUUCUUUUAUCCUCGCCGGUUCUUCUUCCUGCCCACCCACCAUUGGAGGCCAUGGGGUCGGGGGCGGAUCCGGACGACGACGAGAACCCGGACGUGUGGCAGCUCUUCCGGCACUACGACAAGCUCUACUUCCGCGGCGUGCUCGUCGACGCCGGCUUCUCCGUCGAGUGGAGCCAACCGCGAAUGAAGACCAUCAGUGCAGACCAAAUUAACUGCUCCUCAGAAAUUGAUGCACAUCAGUGUAUAUAUGUACAGUACAGUUCUUUCGGAUCAUGUUCCUUUGGAGACAGCAAUACAAUAACUCUCUAUGAGCCAAUUCUGAAAUAUCGCACAAAUGCUGAUUUGAAGAACGCCCUUCUGCAUCUGAUGAUUCAUGCAUUUUUAUCUGUGAAGUGUGAUGCUAAGGGCAUCUGGGGCCAUGGUCCUGCUUUCCGUGGUUGGAUGCAUGCUCUCAACACUUGCUCCAUUGAUGAUCGCAUGAGACCAACUUGUGGCUACUGUAUUACCACCACCCAUGAUUUCAGUCCGGAGAAAUGUGGCAGCAUGCACGGUUUUUGGUGGAAGUGUGAAUCUUGUGGGGUUACACUUUUGAGGGCCAAGAAGCUGGGGCCUCCAUCUGAUUCCUGCUGUAUUGAGAAUGUUAGCCAAGAUGUAACAUGUGGCAACAUGCUUUGCAACUGGCACAACCACAAGGUGGACUGUGGUGGUACAUAUGUGGUGACCAAAUCACCAGAGACACCAGGUCAACAGAUGGUUCAGAAAGGUAGGCGGGGGUUUCUGACCGAAAUGUCUGAAAUGUUGAGGUCACAAGGAGCUACACAAGAAUCAGAUUCAGAUGAAGUUCAGGAGAAUUUGACUGUGGCAAAACUAAAGGCAGAAGGCAAGCUUCUCUCUCAAGUGGGCGGCAGGAACGCAAGAUCACCAGGUAGUAGCUCCUCAAAGAAGGCAAGCAAGAGUAAUAUGCCUGAAGACUUUCAGAAAGCGAUUGUUUUGCCUGCAACCCCUCGGAGAAAAUUGAAGCCGAAGCAGGAGCAUUUCUCUAUGAUAAGUGUCAACAAUGCAAAAUCACAGGAUAGGUGCUCUUCAAAGAAGGCAGAGGAUUUUCAGAAAGCAAUUGUUCCAUCUGCUUCCCCUCUGAGCAAACUGAAGCUGAAGCAAGCAUCUGUCGCAUCAGAGAAGCAUGAGCUUAUCUCUCUAGCGAGCUGCAACAGCGCAAAAUCGUUGAGAAGUAACACCUCCAGGAAGGCAGACAAGUGGCAUGAGCCAGAGCAAGUUCAAAAAUCCAGUGUGCAGCCUUCUGCAUCUCAGAAAAAACCAAAGCUAGAGCAAGACUUGGGUGUAUCGGAGAAAUAUGGAGUUUCCUCACCAGGGAGUUACAACACUACAAAACCACCAGGAAGCAGCAUGCCCAGGAAAGCAGGCAAGCGGCACACGCCGGAGGGUGUUGAGAAAUCCAGUGUCCCGGUUGCGGCCCCAAAGAAGAAACUGAAGAUCGAGCCAGACUUCGCAAUGCAACAAAACAAAACCAGCUCCUCAAUUAAGGCAGGGAAGCAGCUUAACCCUGAAGAUUUUCAGAAAACAUUUGUUCAGCCUGUUGUUUAUCGAAAAAAACUGAAGCUUGAGCCAGACUUGGUUGCAUUAGAGAAACAUGGAGAUGCAAAACCACUAGGAUGCAGUACCGGAAACAAAGAAGGAGAACUUCAUAAGCUUGAAGUCAUUCAGAAAGCCAGUGUUCCACCUGCCGGCCCUCCCAGAAAACUGAAACAGGACGUGGUUGCAUCGCAGAAGAAUUAUCUUUCCUCUUUUGUGGGGAGGAGCAAUGCAAAUGUACUGGACAAUAUCUCCUCAAAGAUGGCACACAAGCAGCUUGAGCAUGUACAGCCUCGGAAACCCAUUGCGCGGCCUGCUGCCCCUCGAAGUAUACUCAAGCAGCAAAGCAAAACCAGCACCUUAACUAAGGAAGGGAAGAAGCAAAUUCCUGAAUACUCUCAGAGAACAUUUGUUCAGCCAGCUGUUUCUCAAAGUAAACUGAAGCAAUCAAGCCGUGCUGUGCCAGAGAGGCCAAAGACGAGAAGCAAAACUAGUAAUCCUGCUAGGAAAAAGGAGUAUGCUUGCGUGAGUGUGUGGGCAAACAUCUAUGAAUCAGAAUGCUCAAGUGGAUCAGCCGAGCCGCUUGUAAACAAAAGAACAGAGCGAAGGAAACGAGAGAGAGAACGUGCAGUUCAGAUAACCUAUUCGCGGUCAUGGAAGCGAAGUGCCAGUGGAAUCAGCUCCAUCAAGGCCCAACCUGCUGAAGAAGAAAUCUCAUCUCAACAAACCAAGUCACCGUCUCAAUCUCAAGGCUUGAAGUUCAUUCUUAUCAAUGCUGCUAACAAGGUGGUGACUCAAGACCCUAGAGAUCAGUCCAAGGCACCAGCUCCCCGCAAGGGCAUUGUUAUUGUCCCUCCUGCAGACCAGGUGACGACUCAAACCGCUAUAGGUCGGUCCCAGCCACAAGCUCAACGCAUGGACAUUGUCACCCCUCCUGCGGACCUGGCAAUGACUCAAACCCACGGAGAUCUGUCCGUUCCAUCUAGACGCAUGGACAUUGCUGCUGCCCCUCUUGCUGAGAAGGUGAUGACUCGAGCCCCUGCUGAUCAGUCACAGCUACCAGCCCCGUGCUCCAUCGCCACUAAUCAGGUGGUUCCACCUCGUUCAGCUGAUCCACUCAGUUUAACUCCUUCAAAUCCAAGCAGUAGCCGUGACGUGAUAGACAUUUCUGAUGAUGACUGAACUUUUCCAUCACUUUAUACUCUUCUUACACUGGACUGGCAGUGUAUUCAGCCAGCUCUCAGGGUGUUAAAACAGUAGAUCAUAGCAUUCUGGGGAGAUUCAGAGGUUUUGUUAGUGCUUACAAUAGAGAGGUAGUGGUAGCUUACAACUGUCGCUUUAGCAUGGAAUGUGUGAACAUCAUCAGGUAGCAUGACCGAUUUGCUAUAGGCGUACGGCUUUGAUCGUACAAUAUACUUUUGCAGCAUUUGUUGAGACACUGGCUUGUGCCUGGUGAACUGAAGCAUGAAUCCUGGGAAAGUUGGGACUUGUUGUACUUGUUAGAUCA